GAUCCACACAGUCAGAAUGUGGAAGCUCUAAAAAAAAAAAAAACGUGCAUCUUUAUGGUCCCGAUGCUUACUAUUGGUUGUAAGCAUUGCCAUAAUAGAGUUUCCAUACCGGUUUGGUAGGCAAAUUGAUCAAAAAUAAAUGCACAAGUAACACAAUGCGAAGACAGGAUCAAUUCUAUCAGACUGCGAAGAAACAGAGCCCUUCUGAUAUAAAAUCCUUUGCCCUCCAGAAUGGCGCCUUUCAAUAUCUUGCUUUUUACGUUUGUUGCUUUGAAUCGUUUGAUACGGUAGUUCUUUAAUUCCACUUCCUUCCUUUUUGAAUUAUUUACGACUACUAUGGCAGACGCCGUAUCAGAAAGACAUAUCCAGGCAAGCGAGCCUUCGGUAUAUGAUGAAUAUGACGAGAAACGACCCGCUACCAAGUUUUAUCGCCGCAGAAAGUACUGGUACAUUUGUGUGCCUGUCACCAUCGCCAUUGUUCUGCUAGUGGUAUUGCUCAUUUUGUUCGUUGGAUUCCCAAAGAUCGCCCAGAGCUCUAUCAAUGGAUCCACUAUCACUGUACACAACGCCCAAAUUACGUUCCCUGGUCAGACGGGUACCGUUUCGAAGCGUGACGGUACGGAUGGCAACAGCACAUUUAUCUUGUCCAUGGAGAGCGACCUUUCCAACACUGGUCCUUUCUCUGCUACCAUUACCUUUGAUGAAAUAUCCGUUUACUUUAAUGACUCCAUUCUGCUUGGUACCAUCAACCUACCUCCAACCACUGUCUCAGGUUCAAAGGGAACAUUGAACUCAAACUCCAAUUUCGUUAUCGCCAAUGAAGAUGACUUUGCCAACUUUGCCACCUAUAUGCUGCAAACUGAUACCUUCAAAUGGACACUCAAGGGAGGAGCCCACGUCUCUGCUCUUGGCCGUUCUUCUGAUGUUACUCUUAAUAAAGACAUCUAUAUGUCAGGAAUGAACAGCUUCCCUAAUGUCACUAUCACCUCCUUCAACCUUCCUAAUGAUGACCCUGCUGGUGGAAUCCACAUGUCCCUUGGAACCGUCUUGAAUAACCCAUCUCCCAUUGGAGUCCAGCUCGGAACCAUUACCUUGGAUGUUGGUUAUCAAGGUCUCUACCUUGGCCCUGUUUCUGCCGAAAAUGUGACUCUUCAGAGUGGACCCAACAACAUUCAACUUGAAGGACGAAUGAUUCCUCAAACCCAACCUGGAGACUUGGCUAAAGUCAGUCAACUCUUCAGCCAGUACAUUGCCGGUAUUCCUUCCAACACCACUGCAAAGGGUGUCUCUGCUGCUCCUGAUGGUGUCCACCCCAUCAACUGGUUAUCCAAGGGUUUCCAGUCUGUUCAACUUGAUGUCACUUUGGCUCCUAACAGCCAGCUCAAGCUAAUCACUGGUGUCAACAUGGGAAAUCUUGACUUGCUCUUUACCAACUCUACUCCUUAUGCUCCUUUGGCAAGCGCUCCUAAUGUUACGGCCAACUUCCAGAUGCCUUUCGGUUUCUCCAUGAACAUCACACAAGUAACCCAAAACAUUACACUCGGUACUCCUGCCACUGGAAACAUUGCCAACCUUGCAUCCGGUUACGUGAACUCUGUCAGUGACCAAAAGACUGGUAUUCUUUCCUUUGCCUUGGCCAAUUCUCCUUUGGUCGUGAUUUCUGGAAAGGAACAAGCCUUCAAUGACUUCAAUGCAAACUUGACUGCUCAACAAGUAUACAACUUUACCAUCAACGGUAACGCCUCCAUCAAUGCUCAGACUCCCAUUGGUACUGUGUCUUUGACAGGAAUUCCCUUCAGUGCCAACUCUUCUUUGAACGGUUUGCAAAACCUCAACAGCACCGAUACCAUCAUUAACAGUCUUGAUGUCGUCGGCGGAACCACUGAUUACCUGCAACUGGCCAUCUCCGUAGGCAUGCAGAACCCAUCUUCUGUCCAGAUCACAACUGGUGAUGUCUCCUUCGAGAUGCUCUCUGGUGAAACCAUCCUUGGAACUGUUUUGUUGCCCAACUUGACCUUGGCUCGUGGCCCCAACACUGUCAUUGCUCAAGGAACAUUCGAUCCCAAGGGUUCCGUCGCCGGCCAAAACCUAUUGACUACCUUCAUUGAAGGACAGGACAAUGGUGUCGGUAUUGAAGGUUACAAUGGAACUACUCCAGUUUUGUCUCUCGUUGACAGUUUGAAGGGUAUUAGCCUUACCUCAGUCCUUCACGGAUUGCCCUCUCCUCUCAUUCAAAAGGCUAGUCUUCAAGUCAGAGAUGACACUCUCACCAGUGGUUAUGCCACCACCAUUGUCACUAUGAGCAAUCCUUUCACUGCCGGUUUCACCAUCAACAAAGUCUUGUCCUCCGUCAGCUACGCCGGUAUGCCUGUUGGUAACAUUGACCAAGACCUUAGCAGCAACCCCAUCACGAUCAGCGGUAAGACUACUGGUAACACUCCUGGUCUUGAUAUCAAGAUGAACCUUGAGCCUGCCGCCAUUGCCUUGUUGCUCCGUGAAAAUGCUGUUUCUGCUGGUCUUGACUUGCGUCCUCUUGAUGCCUUGCUUACCCUUGGUGGAUUCUCUAUUGCCGGCCAAGAAUCUGUCGCUGCCUCUGCUGAAACUUUCAAUGGAUUUAACAUCACUACCUUUGUUAUCAAUGCCAUGAAGAACUUGCAUAUUGAUCUUCAACUUCAGUCCACUCUUGUCAUUGGACAAUAUGUCAACGAUCAAAUGGCCUUUGCUCAAAGCGACGUUGUUUGCUCCACUGAUGACUCUAUCGCCAAGUUGAUCCCCAUUGUCGGUCAACCCAUUGUCCAAGCUAUUAUCAACGCUGCUGAAUUGUCUUUCUCCAGUGUCAUUAUCUCUAACCCCACUGAUAGCAACUUCCAAGUUCUUAUGAAUGGCAAGAUCACUGGUACCGGACCUUUCUCUGCUACCAUCAGCUUCCCUACCUCGCUUCUCGUUGUUUGGGAAGGCCGUACUCUUGGAUCUGUCAACAUGGCUGAUAUCCAAACACAACCUGAUGUUGGUGCUACUUUCAGCGUCACUGGUACCUUCAGUAUCUCUGAUACCGAUGCUAUGGCUGAUUUCUCUGCUUACAUGUUGAACAAUGCACAAUUCACCUGGAAUAUCCACACUGACAAUGUUGCUGUCAACGCUCUUGGCUACACAUUCACUGGUCUUGAAAUGCAAAAGGAUGUUUCUCUCACUGGUAUGCAAGGAUUCAAGAACGAUGUUACCAUUCAAGCCUUCAACCUACCUGCUAAUGAUCCCAGCGGUGGAAUUGAACUUGAUCUUGUUACCAUUAUCAAGAACCCUAGCAACGUUGGUGUUGACCUCAGCGGUGUUGGCUUCGAGUCUUUCUUCGGUAGCGUCGACAUCGGUCCUUUGGCCUCCACCAAUGGCAGUGCUAACUUCCCUCCCAAUGGUCAAAGCACUAUUCCCAUGAAGGGCCGUUUGUCACCUCAGUCUAGCACUGAAGGUCUUAGCGCGAUCCAAACCAUUUUCGCCAAUUUCUUGGGCGGCAAAACCACUUCUCUCUCUGUCAAGGGUUCUUCCGCUUCAGGUCCUAGUGGCCAGGUUGGUUGGUUGAGCAAGGCUUUCCAAUCUUUGACUAUUGACAAUAUCAUCUUACCUGCUGGCCCAUCCAACUUGACUUUAAUCCCCGCUGUUAGCUUGAAGCAGCUCUCCUUGGACUUCACCAAGGAUGCCUAUGCACCCACUUCGUCUUCAAACGAUGUUGAAGCUCAGUUCCAGAGCCCCUUCGGUUUCCCUCUUGGCGUGACUGGAAUGUCACAACAAAUUCUCGUCAAUGCCCAUGGCUACCCUGUUGCCAAUUUGGACAUUCCUUACAACGCUGCCACCACUUACCCCAACGGCACUAUCCAGACUGGUUUCUCCAAUGUGCCUUUUGCUGUUCCUUCUGCUGUGCAUGAAGUCUUUAACCAAUUUGUUAAGCAACUCACUCUCACUGGUGAAAAUACUUUUGGUCUCACCGGUACUGUCAAGGCUACCACUAUCUCAGCUGUAGGAGCUCUUGAUCUUGGUGAUAUUCACUUUGACGUCCAAACGACUAUGCAAGGUUUUAAUAAUUUCGGAGGCACUGUCCAAGUGACAUCUGUCAGUGUUGCCGGUGCCACUUCUCAGUAUGUUCAAAUCCAACUGACUGUUGUUUUGAACAACCCAUCGCCAAUCACUAUCACUAUCGGUGACAUCGUCUUCCGUACUAUUGCUUUUGGUUUCGACUUGGGUCCUACUUUGUUGAAGCAAGUAACUAUUGCCCCUGGAGCCAACACUUAUCCCGCUGAGUUCCAGCUUACUCCUAGUGCUGAUACUAAUCAGCAAGCCGUCAUUGGAAAGAUUCUCUCCGGAUACCUCAUGGGUGGCACUUUCCCAUUGCUCGUCCAGGGUACCACUGCUUCUUCUCCCAUUGCUUCUCUUCAAGAAGCUCUUGCUGGUGUCAACUUGGCUACUUCCAUCACUGGUGUCGCUCCCACUCUUAUUACUAAGGCUGAAGUAUCCAAUAUCCAAUUCGUUCUCCCUCCUGAUCCCGUUACGGCUACCACCUAUGUUACUUUGAACAAUCCUUUGGAUACCAGCUUCAGCUUGCUUUCUAUUCAUGCUAAAAUUAUCUAUGCUAACAACGGCAACCCAUUCCAACUUGCCCACAUCGACCUCGAUUUCGGUGGCGCUUUCACGGUUGGUGCCAAACAAUCAGUUACAACUCCUGGACUUCCUCUCGUCUUUGAUGCAUCUAUUCAACAACUCUUUGCUCUUAUCUCUUCGGGUGCUGAUCUUAAGGUUACCAUUGCCCAAACCUCAACCGUGCUUAUUAAUAAUGCGUUUGGAGGAAUGCUCGCUUACUCCCAAGAUAAUGUCCCCGUGGUUAUCGAUCCUAUCCCCGCUGAAGUUAUUGCAGCUGUUAUGGCUGCUUUAGGUCUUCAACCUCUUGCUGCAACCGCUCCUCAGACCAAUACCACCACCACAACCACUACGACUUUGGCAGUACCUACUACCACCACAGAUACUACCACUACUACCACGGAUGCUACCACUACCACCACUACUGACGCUCCCACCACCACCACCACUACCGUGGUUGCUACCUCCAGUGUCUCUUAGUUUUGCCAUACAAUCUUGAAUAUAAUUAUUUUUAUGCGAGGUAAUCUGUAUAAUAUAUAAAUGUUACUAAGGCAUCGCCAGUCUGUUGUACAAGGACAGUAUAUAAA